UAUUUUACUCCCCCAGCCCAGCAAGUGUGAGGAGAAAGCUGGGGUAAAAUACCACCAUGCUUCGACCAAGGGAUCUCCGCCGCAGCUCAGGUACCCGGACAUUUCUGGAUGCCAUGCAUGGAGGGAAGGUUCACCUGGCUCGUUUUGUGCUGGAUGCCCUGGAUCGCAGGAUAAUAAAUUCCCCAGCAGGAGACCAAGGCCGCACUCCACUCAUGUUUGCAGUGUGUCUACGAGAGUCUGAGCUCCGGACUCGCUUUGUGCGGCUCCUCUUGGAAAAGGGAGCAGAAGUGAAUUCACAGGAUGAAGCAGGCCGCACAGCACUCAGUCUGGCCUGUGAACUUGGUCACCUGGAUGCUGUCAAACUACUUGUCCAGCACAAUGCAGAUCCAGAACUAGCUGACAGGGCUGGAAACAGGCCACUUAUGUAUGCAGCUUCUUGUGGUCACAGUGCAGAGCUCCACUUCUUACUUCGGUCAUACAAGCGUUUUGGACUCCGGCUGGAUGCAACCAACAGAGCUGGGGUUUCAGCACUGGAGGCUGCCCGAGUUUCUGGGCACAGGGAAUGUGAAAGAGCUUUGAGUAUCAAGGGGCCACUCAGCCCUGAGCCCCAAAGAGGAGGGACAGGAAAGUCCCAGGAAGGGACGGGGCGCAGCCCCAAGCCUUUGUCCAGACAGAUGUUAGAGCGCUUUGCUCGACCCUUCUCACACCGGAGGGAGGAGGACAGGACACAAACUCGAAGUCCCUUGAGUCGCUCUUCCAGUUGUACUCCUGCACAUUCAGAGCCAUCAACCUUUUGGAGACAGAAAUCACUCCCAGAAAAAGAGGUAUUGAGCAGAGGUACCCUGCUAGGUGUCCCAGGUUCAGCACUGCUGAGAGCACACAGCUGGGAAGGGGACACUGGAGCAACAAGAGGGGGAAGCUCUCAGUGCCGCCGCCUUCUCCGCAGGGUAACCUCACCAGACUUUUGUCAGGGGUUUCCAGGAGGCAUCCUGCCCAGCUACCCAGGGGACCUUAGGAGAGAGAGGAGGGACAGUAACUGCAGUCGGAGCCUGCUCAUCCUUCCCAGUAGCAGACAGCCACUAACACUGUGACAUGCAAAUUGAUACUUGAGGCUUAAAGAAAACGAUAAUCUUUGGCAUGUGUUUUAUAAGUACUGUGAGAUUGCAGCUAACCUUGUACACACUGUGACAGGUGAGGGACUCUAAUCUGUCAUGGCAAGCAUCAGAAGAGUUACUAUAUCUUGGUCAUUAGGAAUUUGAGGGCACAUUAUUACUUAUUGUAUUUACAUCACAUUUAAUGAAACUGAGAAAUAUAGCAAAAUAUAAAAAUCAUAACCAUAAAAAGAUGAAAAUGUCAAAAAUUUAAUUUCAAGAGGUUCUUAAACAAAUUUAAGAAAAAUAAUAUGAAAAUUGGUGUAAAAAAAUAUCUGUAACAGUCUGCCAGAUAGGAAUGGAUUCAGAUAUGAAAGAAAAAACUCAUCACAUUGCAUAAUGACGUACAAAAAAAAAAGAUUUUACAAAAGAUUGGAAUAAACCCCAUCAAUUUAACACCUAAUCAAAAUAUGACAUUUUUAUAUAUAUGUAAAAAAAAAACUCACCAGAACUGAAAUGUCUGGGGGAAAAGAGAUCAUAGAGUGACUCUAGACUAAUCUAUACACUUUAGACUAAUCUAUUCACGUGGUCAGACAUGUAUUUUCUUUACUGUGAUGACGGAUGUGUCACUAUAUAAUCAAAGGUGCUGUCAUCACUUCAGGAUCAAUAUCCCUUGAUGGACAGUCAAUUUUAAUUUAAGAUCUCAUUUCCAGGGAGACAAUGUUUAAAGUAUCACUAGAGGAAAAAGCAGACCCCUGCAUAUACUAAACCGCUCCAAUUUUUUAGCUUAAGGACAAGGAACUGUCAUGGAUGCAUAACACCUGCUUUCUUUUUUUCUAUCAGCGUUCUUCACUGGGACCAACUAAAGAUUUAACCAGUUACUUCAGACAGAUUUUUAGCAAUGGCAUCUUAAUUUGUCUCUUUAAUCCUUCACCACAGUGUGACCCGAAUAUAAAUGGGUGCUAUCACCUAAAAAGUUUGUUUAUGGUUAACCAGUAGUUUCCUUGAAUAAGCUGGGUGCCCCUGAGUAUCCUGUAUUGGCAACUUUCUUUAAUGGCUAUGGCAGGACUUUUCACUUGUGAGACUAGCAGCCCUUGGUCACCCCCGUCAUGGUGAUAACCUAGCGAUUAAUGUUUAUCAUAGACAUUGAAUGACUUUUUCUGUUUGCAAAUACAUUAACCCAUGUAACCCUUCCAACAAGGUAAAUGCCCAUAUGGCACAGAAUAUUUCUCCUUUUUUUUAUAUUAUAUCACAGUACUGUAUGUUAGUGUUUUUUUUUUCUUUCAAAUCAAUACUUAUAUUUAAUCCUAAAAGAGUUUACAAUGCAGUGAUAAAGAUUAUGAAUCAUAAA